AUGUCGGCUCAGAACUCGGCCGGUAUCCAGACCCUUCUGGACGCGGAGAGAGAAGCCUCCAAGAUUGUCCAGAAAGCCCGAGAGUUUCGCACAAAGAGAGUAAAGGAAGCCCGCGACGAAGCCAAGAAGGAAAUCGAAGCAUACCGCAACUCUAAGGAGGAAGAGUUCAAGAAGUUCGAGUCCGAGCACUCCCAAGGAAAUAAAGCGGCCGAGGACGAGGCGAACAAGGAGGCCGAGGAGAAGAUCAAAGAGAUCAAGGAUGCUGGAAAGAAGAGCCAGGACAAGGUUGUCGCUGAUCUCCUGAAGGCCGUUUUUGAGGUCAAGCCUGUUGCACCAAGUGCGGCAUAA